CUUCCGCAAGCGUCCAUAGCCGCGCGCGUGUCGGGCGGCUCCGGGGCCCCCGGGAAAGCGAACGCCUUCGUUCUUGGGGGCGCUCCGCGUUUCCGGCUCCCGUUCGCCAUCCGCUGCGGUCGGCGGCGCCUUGUUAGAGUGCGUCCGACGCGGUUCUGACGGUCUCUUUGAAAACGAAAUGAAUGAGAGUUAAGAGGCAACGUAAGAGUCGCUCGCGGUGGACCGAGGGUUAAGACGUGACGGGAGAGCUGUGGCUUGGUACGUGGCCCACGAUGCCGUGUCUCGGUUCUAGGGUAUAAAUAGUAAGCGCAAUUAACCUCGGCAGUGUAGUGUAGCUCCGUACCGACCCCCUCCCGUUCCUCCUUCUCCUCUUCCUCCUCCUCCUCCUCCUCCUCCAAGCUUAAAGGCACAGACGAAGACAACGAGGAGGCAGACUGGCGGCCUCUGCGUUGACCCGGACCCCCUUGGGCAGCAGCGUUAUCGCAUCGUUUCAGCUCUCGGUACCUUUAUGGAGCCGGAAAUGUCGUGCAGUUGAAGUUUUGUUAAUGGCAAAACAAUGGGAACUAUGCAUCCACAACGCCGUUAUAGCUGUGUUCCAGAGGAAGGGCCUGGCCGACAAUGAGCUCUACGUCCUCAACGAGGGAGUCAGGCAGCUGUUGAAAACGGAGCUGGGAUCGUUUUUCACCGAGUACCUCCAGAACCAGCUGCUAACAAAGGGGAUGGUCAUCCUAAGAGACAAGAUAAGAUUCUAUGAAGGUCAGAAGUUACUGGACUCUUUAGCAGAGACCUGGGACUUCUUUUUCUGUGAUGUUCUUUCCAUGCUUCAGGCGAUAUUCUACCCUGUUCAGGGGAAGGAGCCUUCGGUGCGCCAGCUGGCUCUUCUCCACUUCCGAAACAUUAUCACCCUCAACAUAAAGCUGGAGGAUGCCCUCUCACGGCCCCGUGCCCGUGUGCCACCUUCCAUCAUCCAGAUGUUGCUCAUACUGCAGGGGGUCCACGAGUCCAAGGGUGUGACUGACGACUACUUGAAGCUGGAGUCCCUGAUUCAGAGGGUGGUGUCGCCAUACCUGGGCACUCACGGGCUCUUCUCUGACGAUGGCUCUCUCAUCCAGUCCUCUUGCGUGUUGGAGAAGCGGCUGCUGCGGCUGUGGCCUAAACCAGGUGAGCCGGCCAAGAACCCAGUGGUGCGCUCCAAGAGCUACAACAUCCCGUUGCUGACGCCGGUGGCCGAGUACGACGCGGAGGCAGGCUCCGUGGGCAGUGUUGGGGUCCGCCGCCACUCCGUCUGCGAGAUGACGUCCUGCCUGGAGGAGGCCGGAUAUGCUGACCUGACUGCUGUGUUGGACGCUGGCGCCAUGCUGUGCUCAGCCAAGUCUGCCGACCCAUCACCGGUUCAAGACCUGGCUCUGGAGGCAAGUGUCAGCCAGUCCCCGCUGGCCUCCCCAAGACCUUCCCCAUCUGAACUGGGCAAAGACCCCUCCUCCCUACCCAGCGAGUCAUCUAGUCCAGAGACAAUUGUAGACCAGAUUCUGGAGUCCAUAGACUCUGAUGCCGAGGGCAUCUUCAUUGACUUUGCCCGCUGCUGCUCGGACUCUUCAGGAUAUGGCAGGGAGGGUGGCAGGCAGAGUGUGGUCUAGCGGGGCUCCCCUUUCGCCCCUCACUGCAGCCCUUUUACAGGUUUGUAACUUAAAUUAGUAUCGUUAUUUUACCGUGUUAAUUUAGUCCUUGUAAGAGGGUGUGGUGGUGCAGUGGGCUGGGCCGGUGCCCGCUGUGUGGCGGUUCUGGGGUUCGAGUCC